AUGGAGUGUGUUUUCCAUGAUUACUAUUAUAGGAUUCAGCCAGAGGUCACCAUCAGUGACCUUGCUACUCAAGACUUUAUAACCAGGUUCAGGAAGCUCAAAAUGAAGUGCCGGAUCCCUAUGGAAGAAAGACACUUCAUCCAGAUGGCUCAGGAUGCCCUCAAAAUCUCUCUGAGAAAAAGAUUUGAUGGAAUGCUGUUUGAAGACCUGGCAGAACUGGCAGAUAAAGCAUCCAAGUACGAGGAGAUGCUCAGGGAAGAACAGCAGAAAAGAAACUCUUCCAAAGGCACAUAUUAUAAGUCCCCUUCUUCUUCAAUACAUAUGAUUGAGGUAGAGUCAGAAGAAGAUGCAUAA